UUUUUUUUUUGCACUAAAGGUGAAACGUGUGUUUUGCUAGAAACCCAGUGAGCAUCUUUGAUGAUGAUUGUGAUUGAGAAUGUGAGGCCCCGUUCCCCGGGGAGGAUUAAGAGCCAGUGGGUGAGCAGGAUUAAAUGGGGCGUCCUCCUGGGCCUGAUGGUCCUCYUCUACGGUUCUCAUGCUCCACUCAUCGCUCUCACCAAGGUGGACGGUCGAGUCCCGUUCAGCGCCGCCUCGUGCGUUCUGCUGAUCGAGUUGGGUAAACUCCUCGUCUCUCUGCUGAGUCUCAUCCUCACCGGAGGCACGUCGUCCCUGGGMGUCCCUCCAGACCCGCUCCUCAUGGCCCCUUACGCGGUCCCAGCUGUUCUCUACACCCUCAACAACAACCUGGUGGUUCUCAUGCAGGCCUACAUGGACCCGAGCUCCUACCAAAUGCUSUCGAAUCUUAAAAUUGCCUCGACUGCCUUGCUGUACUCCGUCUGUUUGGGAAAAAGUCUGCGMCUGGCUCAGUGGUUUGCUCUGGGGCUCCUCACGGCUGCGGGGGUCUGCCACAGCUACAGCAGCCUGGAUGCAGAGGACGCCGCUCGGGCCGAAGUCGAUAAAGGUCCCAGGCUUCACGUCACAGCUUGGGGGCUUUUUCUGGUGCUGGUGUACUGCUUUGUGUCAGGGCUGUCAGCGGUMUACACAGAGAGGGUCCUAAAGAGCCAAAAGUUGCCCCUCAGCCUGCAGAAUCUCUACCUCUACUUGUUCGGCGUGGCCAUCAACGGGUUGUCCUCGUUCUCCUCCACAGCGGGCGACAGAAGCCUUCUGGAGGGCUACUCGGGGGUGGUUUGGGUCAUCAUAGCGGGACAGGUGGUGAACGGACUCCUGAUGUCGGUGGUCRUAAAGCAUGGCAGCGGGAUCACCAGACUGUUUGUCAUUUCAGCCUCCAUGCUGGUCAACGCUCUGCUGUCCUGGCUCGUCCUGGGUUUGCAGCUCACGCCGUUUUUCCCCAUUCCCUGUGCAAUGAUCGGACUGGCAGCUUACCUUUAUUACAGGUAGCAGAGCGUCCAGCAAAACUACAACACAUGUACCCACCAGAGCUCUURACCUAAUCUCUUCAGUUAGAAUUUAACUUGUUUAAUUUUGUCAUAACAUUGGCGGUAUUAGUUGAACAAUAUGAAGUGUUUAUUUUGUCAUGCACACUGUUACAGGUACUUUCUACCAUUUUCCYUCACCUCUGCAAACACCUAUCAGAGAGAGAGGAUUAUAUUUGUGCUAACAACCAAUAAAUUAUCAGAACUGUU